CACGGCUCGAGAUCCGCAGCACAGCAUGACGGCGCUGCUGCAACUUCGACUCAAAUUUCAAUCUUCGACAGCAUGAUCCGCACCUCUCCCCACUCUUUGCCACUACCAUCUUCGCCUCAUCACUGGCAAGCGGAAUGUUUAACCAGUCACCACCCUCGCGAUCCAGAGGAAGUCGACUCUCCAACGCCGACCGGGAACGCAUUCCAGAGUGUGAGAAGAUACAACGAGAUGAGAAACGUCGGAAUGCUAGCUGGUCCCAACUCCCGCCCCACCGAACUAGUAAGGUACCGCGGGCUCUGAGCUAUGCCUUGCCACCAAACCGUAUGGCUUCCAAGCUUGGCUCUCCACCUACUCCCCUCACACAUGGAUGUCCUUUUCGCCCUCAAAUAGGACAACACCGGUGGUCGUCACCAGACUCUCGGCUGCAACGCGUGGAGACCGAACCUAUCUCCAUCGUCCGCAUCCCCUCCCGAGACGUGCUUACGUGCAAGAACGGGCCUUUGUUUUGCGAGGAUGCAGCCCCCAUUAUACGCAUGCGCUCCAAGCGCAAGAACGUGCUACUCAACUCUCUACUCUAUCCAACCGAUGACUUGGACUGGAGUGUACCUUUUGAUAGGCAUCGACGCCAAGUGGAGCAGCCUUGUAUGAUGGUACAAUUUCCAUCGCCGUCACCAUCAUCCUUGUCAUCUGGACGCUCGUGGCUGUCAUCGUUUGGUGGAUCGUCCUUCUCGUCGCGCUCCUCCUGGGCCUCGAGUUUCGUGCGCGCGGAGCAUGUGUCUACCAAGGUCGUCAAGCCUCGUAGGGGUGAUUUACCACGGAUGCUCGUCACAGCUCAUCCACUCCGAGAAGAGCUGCCGUCGAGACGGAUAUCGCGUCCUCGACCUGCUAGUCAAGCUUCGUUGAGUAGCACGUUGGGUCGUUUCUUUCUCACGCUUGGACCACCAGUCAAGAAGAUGCCACACCGUGCACUUGUCACCAGCGCCAGUGUCCAGCUGUUCCUGGGAUUGUCUCCCGACGCCGGGGAGCGCGAACUCAGGUCGCAGGUCACGGUCGAUGAUUACGCACCACUGGCGAUGCUCGUGCCCCUACGUUCUCAAUCGCGAACGUCUGGCUCCCAGCUAAACUACGACGACCCCAUUCAUCGGGCUUAUCGACGCGCAGUAGCUAAUACAGCUUUCCUACGCGUCAUAGCCGUGCAUCGUUGGGCGUACUCCAAAGCUGGCCAUCCACGGAGAACCCUUGUGCAACCGCAGUGGCCUCCUGAAAUCAAGGCCAGCGUCGGCUGCUUCGAUCCUGGGUCCAGUGGUUUACGAUUUGUUUAUGCCAAUGUCGACGAUCAGUUUCCCUUCUGACUAUGUCAACGGGACACCUUGGGAGCGCAUUUGCGUUGUAUUUGUCUUUAUCUCUGAGGACAGUGUUUCUUCUGUAGCUUGUAAUAUCACACCGAUCACACACCCGGCGCGCGCCCAGUGAGUCUAGUGCCAUAAAUGGCAACAGCACGUGCCUCUGUAAAUAACUAAUAGCAAUAACAUUAAUCAAUUACCAGGGAUUUUCUUCAAGG